GAGCCCGGCCUGCCACUCAGCCUAACUGUCAUACGCGUCUUCCUAAAUUAGGAUUUCUGGUGAGCGACCGCGGCAGAGGGCUUAUCAGGUUGCGUUGCUUGGUUUCCACCGGAAAGGAUGAAUUUCUCUGAAGUUUUCAAACAUUCCAAUCAGCUAUGCAGAUUUUCACCUGACGGAAAAUACUUGGCGACUUGUGUUCAGUACCGCUUGGUGGUGCGAGAUGUGAACACGCUGCAGAUCCUUCACUUGUAUACCUGCCUGGAUCAGAUCCAACAGGUGGAAUGGUCGUCAGAUUCCCUCUUUAUCCUGUGUGCCAUGUUUAAGAGGGGACUCAUACAGGUGUGGUCGCUAGAGCAGCCAGAUUGGCACUGUAAGAUAGACGAAGGCUCAGCUGGUCUAGUCGCCUCGCGCUGGAGUCCGGACGGACGUCAUAUUCUCAACACGACAGAGUUUCAUCUGCGGGUCACCGUCUGGUCUCUGUGUACCAAAUCUGUAUCUUAUAUCAAAUACCCCAAGGCUUGUCAACAGGGUAUUGACUUCACCAAAGACGGACGCUACUUGGCUUUGGCUGAAAGGAGGGACUGUAAGGAUUACAUCAGUAUCUUUGUGUGCAAUGACUGGCAGCUGCUAAGGCACUUUGAAUCAGAGACCCAGGACCUUGCUGGGAUUGAGUGGUCACCCAAUGGCUGCGUUCUGGCUGUAUGGGACACUUGUCUGGAGUACAAGGUGCUGCUGUACUCGCUGGAUGGUCGCUUGCUGUCCACCUUCAGUGCCUAUGAGUGGUCUCUAGGUGUCAAGUCUGUCAUGUGGAGCCCCAGCAGUCAAUUCCUGGCCAUCGGAAGCUAUGAUGAAAAGGUGCGAAUCCUAAACCAUGUAACCUGGAAAAAGAUCAUAGAAUUUGAACAUCCGGCUACAAUCAACAACCCCAGAAUUGUGGUGUACAAGGAGGUGGAGAAGCGUGCUGUUCUUGGCAAUGACGAUCUCUCUUUCCACCAUAAUUUAACUAUGGGAAGCUCUCUGUUCAGCACACAAAGCAAGUAUGAGGUGAGUCUGGCACCAGUUCAAGUACCUGUAAUCAAACCAGAUCCUGAGAGAGCGAAUCCAAAGAUUGGCAUUGCCACGAUGGCUUUCAGUUCUGAUAACCGGUACUUGGCAACUAAAAAUGACAACAUGCCGAACGAUCUCUGGAUCUGGGACAUGCAGAAGCUGAAGCUGUUUGUGGUCCUGGAGCAGGCGGCGCCGGUCCGGUGUUUCCAGUGGGACCCCCGUCGGCCUCGCCUCGCUAUCUGCACUGGGAACAGCAAGGUGUACUUGUGGUCCCCCGCUGGCUGUGUCUCGGUGCAGGUGCCAGUUGAAGGCAGUUUCCAGGUCCUGUCACUAAACUGGCAUUCCAGCGGUGAGUCCAUGGUCCUGUUGAGUAAGGAACAGCUGUGUUUGUGCUACAUGGAAACACCUGAGGGGGAGAGCUGACCAAGUCCAGAACAGAAUCGGGGAUCCCAUCAAUCCUGGUAGUAGUCACUUUAAGUCUUUUAAUACCAACAAUGACCUUGAAAUGAUUGCAUGUCGUCCUCAUCUGAUUUAAAGAUCCAAUUUAUUAUUGGAUUAAAAUAAUGUAUUAGAUUUUUUAUUUUAUGAACAGAUGAUCAAUUCACUGACUAGCAAAUUAUUUUUGAAUUGUUGGUUUGACUAAAAGUAUUCAGUCCAGCCACUUUUUUUUCUAUUGUGUGUUUUGUUAAAUAGUUCCUUGGCUAAUUGUCACGGCUGUUUUAAUGUAUUGUAAAUGUGUUAAAUACUAUUUGGUUUUCUCUUCAACCAAAUUGUCUAGUGUAAAUAUGUAUAGCUGAGAUUUUUUGUUUGUUGCAUUAAACUAUUGUAUAAUA